AUGUCUGACGAUAAAGGCGAGACCUUCGCAUUCCAAGCUGAAAUCACUCAGCUUAUGAGCUUGAUUAUCAAUACUUUCUACAGCGAUAAAGAAAUCUUCCUGAGAGAACUGAUCUCUAACUCAUCUGACGCCCUGGAUAAGAUUCGCUAUCAGGCUCUCACCGAACCGGCGGAGUUCGAUACAGGGAAAGAUCUGUACAUCAAGAUAAUUCCGAAUAAGGAGGACAAGACCCUUACCAUUAUUACAACUACUUAA